AUGGAUACAGAGGGAAUCACAGAGGACCACGGAGCCGACCACGGAGCCGGGGAUCUAGCGCAAUCUGCUGCUAUGAAACUGUCUGAGAUAGGCGAAAGAACUAAACAACUAGGUACUAAAUUCAAAGACCCUGAGCGACAGAGACGGAUUAUUCUAGUGAUUGUCUGUGUAGCACUUCUAUUAGAUAACAUGCUUUACAUGGUAAUUGUGCCGAUCAUACCAGACUAUUUGGCAGAAUUACAAAGUGAGGCAGAUCACGCUUCGUUUAAUGCACGAGUAAUAAAUGCCGGGAAUUCCUCGAAUCAUACUAUCUUUAAAGCCACCAAAGGCAACUUCGACCUGCAGAUUGGUGUACUUUUUGCGUCCAAAGCCAUAUUGCAGCUUUUGGUCAACCCGUUGACCGGGACGUUCAUUGACCGGGUCGGCUAUGACCUUCCUCUGUUCAUCGGACUCAUCAUCAUGUUUUUUUCCACUUGUCUAUUCGCCUUCGCCGAUAAUUACGUGUCUCUGUUCGCGGCGAGGAGCUUGCAGGGCUUGGGCUCAGCGUUCGCAGAUACAUCAGGCAUCGCCAUGAUAGCGGAUAAGUACACGGAGGAGGCGGAGAGGAGCAGAGCCCUGGGUAUCGCCCUGGCAUUCAUCUCUUUCGGCAGCUUAGUGGCGCCUCCCUUCGGGGGCAUCCUGUACGAGUUCUGUGGGAAACGGGUGCCCUUCAUUGUGCUGGCCUGCAUCUGUUUCACGGACGGCAUGCUGUGCCUGACCGUGUUAAAGCCCUUCUCCAGAGGGGAGAGAGAGAACAUGCCCGUGGGCACCCCCAUCUACAAACUGAUGAUCGACCCCUACAUAGUUGUGGUGGCGGGUGCCCUGACCACCUGUAACAUCCCGCUGGCCUUCCUGGAGCCCACCAUCGCAAACUGGAUGGAAGAAACCAUGCACUCUUCCCAAUGGGAGAUCGGCCUUGCCUGGCUUCCCGCGUUCUUCCCGCAUGUCCUGGGUGUGUACAUCACCGUCAAACUCGCGGCUAAGUACCCACACCUGCAGUGGUUCUACGGGGCCUUGGGCAUGGUGAUAAUCGGCGCCAGUUCGUGCACCGUGCCAGCCUGUAAGACCUUCGGCCAGCUGAUGGGUCCACUGUGUGGCAUCUGCUUUGGCAUCGCCCUGGUGGACACGGCGCUACUGCCUACACUCGCUUUCCUGGUGGACGUGCGGCAUGUGUCGGUGUACGGCAGUGUGUACGCCAUCGCGGACAUCUCCUACUGCGUGGCCUACGCCCUGGGCCCUGUGGUGGCCGGACAGAUAGUCCACGACCUGGGCUUCAUUCAGCUCAACCUGGGCAUGGGCCUCGCCAAUGUGCUUUACGCACCAGCGCUCCUCUUACUAAAGAACGUGUGCCAAAUGAAACCUUCAAACUCGGAGAGAGGCAUGCUACUGGAGGAAGGCCCCACGGGUCUCUACGACACAAUAAAAACUCAGGAACGCGAGAGGAAGAGGAAGGGGUUAAGUAAUGUUGUUGAUGAGAAUGGCAUAGACAGGUAUUCUGAAGAAGAGUCAUUUGAAUAUGCGUAA